AGAAAAAAAUAAUGUGAGCAUUCCAUUCCGUCAAAAAUGACAAGAUUCACCCAAAUGGAAAGCAAUGGCGAGCAGAUAAAAACGUUUAGUUUUGGUAAUAAAACCAGACAAAGCUCGUCGGAAACCAACGAAAAAUUAGAAAUACUAAUUCCAGAGCUUUUGCUUCCGGGUUACUCUUUCUACACCUGGCCAUCAGCACAGAUUUUGGCGUGGUUUCUGUGGCAAAGGCGACUGUCGCUACUGAACAAGCGAAUCCUGGAGCUUGGAGCCGGAACAUCUCUACCAGGUAUAGUUGCAGCCAAGUGCGGUGCUCACGUAACACUAAGCGACUGUAGCACUUUACCAAAAACGCUGCAGCACAUACAACGGUGUUGUCGAUUGAACAAUCUAAUCCCAGGGAAAGAUAUUGAAGUAGUUGGAUUGACCUGGGGUCUAUUUUUGGAUAGGAUCUUUCAGCUGGGUUCUAUCGAUCUAAUUAUCGGUUCAGACGUUUUCUACGAUCCAUCCGUUUUCGAAGAUAUUUUGGUGACAGUGUCUUUUUUGCUGGAAGCCAACUCGACUGCCAAGUUUCUCUUCACAUACCAGGAGCGAAGUGCGGAUUGGUGUAUUGAAACUCUUCUAAAGAAGUGGGGUCUUGCAUGCAACGUAGUUAGUUUGGACAAUUUAAGUGCCGACCUUGAAAUUGAACCGCAAGAGUUGAUGGGAAAUCACACUAUUCAUUUAUUGGAAGUGACUCGACGAACCUAACCAAGUGCAUAUAUGUAAGAUAGUUUGUAAGUUUAAAGUGAUGUCUGCGCCCAGCGUGAUUGCACGUGGAGUGCAAAAGCUGUUCGUUGGCAAUUUGCCCUGGACGGUCAGUUCGAAGGAGUUGCAGGCGUAUUUCUCG